AUGUCGUCGUCAGGUAGCGGCCUGUUCAACCGCGGUGGUGGGAGCGGCAACCAGAACACGAUGCGUGGCUUGGUGUCGUUCAUUGCCGACCUGAGAAACGCCCGCGCCCGAGAACUCGAGGAGAAGCGCAUCAACAAAGAGCUGGCAAACAUACGAUCAAAGUUCAAGCAGGGCGGCUUGAGUGGCUACGACAAGAAGAAAUACGUGUGCAAGCUGCUCUACAUCUACAUUCUGGGCUGGAACGUCGACUUUGGCCAUCUCGAGGCCGUCAACCUCGUCUCGGCCACAAAGUACUCGGAGAAGCAGAUUGGUUACUUGGCUGUCACGCUGUUCCUGCACGAAGAACAUGAGCUGCUGCAUCUGGUUGUCAACAGCAUUCGCAAGGACUUGGCCGACAUCAACGAACUCAACAACUGCUUGGCUCUGCACGCCAUUGCCAAUGUUGGAGGAAAGGAGAUGGGCGAAGCCCUGGCCUUUGACGUCCACAGACUACUCAUUUCUCCGUAA